AUGAAAAAUCAAGUUCAGAUCCAUGAUAAAAAGAGACAGAUGGAGUCUGAAAAAAAAUCUGCCAAGCUUGCGAAAAAAAGAAGGGUUAAAAAAUUAUUUGACUCCAGUGACGAAGAAAGUCCAAAAGAUGAAGGAGUAAAAAAAAGAAAAAAAGAAGACUCUUCACUCAACCGCUCAAAAAAACGAAAAAAAAAACAAGUUACUUUUGAUAGCAGAUUAGAUGACGAUGACUAUGAUCUUAUUGAAGAAAAUGACAGUAGUGAUGGCGAAUCUUCUGGUGUAGAUGAUUUUAUAGUACCGGAUGUUCCAAUAAUGUCUGAUACACAAAAAGAUAGAGUAUGCUCGAAUUCAGCUUACCGAGAAGCUCAAGAAAUAUUCGGAACCGACUUUGAUUAUGAAGAAUUUAAACAACGCGAUGAAGAUGAUGAUGAUGAGGCUGAAGAAGGGGAACUAUCGCUUCAACGGAAGGUUAAACAGGGUGUGAAAAGUAUUUUUGACGUUUAUGAACCGAUCGAUCUCAAGCGUGCUUAUUAUACAGAUCGGGACCAAGAGAUUCGUUGUAAAGAUUUACCUGAGAGGAUGCAAGAACGUUUGAUACCAGUUACUCCGGUACCCAAUAAUUCAGAUGAGCUAAACCUAGAGGCUCAUUGGAUUUAUCAACAAGCGUUUGACCAGCUUACUAUUUCACGUCAAACUAUGAAUAUCAGCGGUAAUAUUAAUGAACUUCGCCAAAAAAGUCUAGAGACUGUAGAUAAAAUAAAAAACGCACUUGAUUUUAUUCGCAAUAACAAUUUUGAGGUAUCUUUCAUAGCUUUUUAUCGCAAAGAAUAUAUUCUUCCUGAAUUGACUAUUAAAGAUUUGUGGAAAGUCUACGAGUUUGAUGGAAAAUGGUGUCAGAUGUAUGAAAGAAAGAAAAAAUUACUCCAUUUAUUUAAAAAUAUGAAAGACUAUGUGAUGAGUAAAAUAAAAAUAAAGAAAGAAGCUUCUGGCAUUAGAACUAUUGAUGAUAAAUAUAUUAUGCAAUUAGAAAAUGUACAAACUAACGAUGAAUUAAAUGACUUUCAUCAUCAUUUAAUGUUGUACUACCGUCAAGAUAUUCCCGAGAUGCAAGAAAUAAUGAGCUACAUAGAAGGUGAGAAAUCAGGAUCACCUUCUGAAGAUAGUAAAAAAGAAGAAGUCAAAGUAACAUCAACUCGUAAAAAAGCUGUGAGGAGUGGGUCUUACGCAGUGUUUAAAAAGUUUGGAUUUGAAAAUUUUACCAAAAAAUUUGGACUCUCUCCUCUGCAAUUCGCUGAGAAUGUUCAAGAUAAUUAUCAGCACCAUAAAGUUCAUCAGGUGGCAAUCCAUCCCAAUGACUUAGCCCAAGAGUUUGUUGGAGAAACUUUUAAGACAAUUGAAGAUGUUUUCAGAGCUGCGCAAACUAUGAUGGCAGUCCAAUUAUCGCGCGAACCACUACUUCGAAAAUGCGUUCGUAUGAUUUAUAUGGAGCGCGCUAAAUUGUAUGUAAGACCCACUAAGAAAGGCAUCAAAGAAAUUGACGAGAGUCAUCCACUGUAUACAAUGCAGUAUUUGAAAGAAAAACCAGCACGCGAACUAGUGGGAGACCAGUGGCUCAAAUUAGUGAUAGCUGAGAAAGACAAAUUACUAACGAUUCAAUUGAGUGACAUCGUUGAAGGUAAUUCUUCGGACAAUUACAUCGACGAGAUGAGACAGUUAUUCAUUAAAAACAAUAAUAGCGAUAUAGUCCAAGAAUGGAAUAAAUUACGAGCCAACUCUGUUGAAGACGCUCUUUUGCGACUAGUAAUUCCGGAUUUGAAAAAAGAGCUGAGAAAUAAAUUAUUGGAGGAGGCCAAGUCAUUUGUCAUGAACGCAUGUUGUCAAAAAUUACAUGACUGGAUCAACGUUGCUCCGAUUGUAUGUGAGUUUCCUGAUAAAAAAGAUGAUAAAGACUGGGAUACAACGCAUGGAGCCCGUGUUAUGGGGAUCGCUUAUGUUCCCGAUAGCUCACAAGCGGCAUUUGCGUGCAUAGUUUCUCCGAGUGGUGAGUGCAAAGACCACCUUAAGCUGCCUCAUUUAUUGAAGCGUAAAAAUUAUUACUACAGUUCAGAUGGAGCUUUAAAAAACGAAGAACUCAGAGCUUUAACGAAUUUUAUUUCGAAGAAUAAACCGCAUGCUGUUGUUAUAGGAGGCGAAUCUAAAGAAGCUCUUCAUGUGUCUCAAGAUGUCACACAAUGUAUUGCUGUACUGUUUGAAGAAGAAGAUUAUCCGAUGAUUAAAGUUGAAAUAUCAGAUAGUAACGUGGCUAAAAUUUAUGCUAACACUAAAGGAGCCACCGAGUUUCCUAGCUAUCCACCGCAAUUGAGAGAAGCUAUUUCACUUGCGCGAAGGCUGCAGAAUCCUUUAGGGGAAUUUUCUCAGUUAUGUAAUUCUGAUAACGAUUUGUUAUGUUUAAAAUUUCAUCCUCUUCAAGAUUCUUUGUCGAAAGAAGAACUCAUUAAUAAUCUUCAUACUGAAUUUAUCAAUACCGUUAAUGCUGUUGGUGUUGACAUUAAUGAAAAUCGAAGAUAUACUGAAAGUUUGCUGCAAUUUGUCAAUGGAUUGGGACCUAGAAAAAGUCGUGCAUUAUUAAAAAUAAUAAAAAGCAAAAAUCAGAAACUUGAAAGUAGAGAACAAUUAGUGACAAUGUGCCAUAUGGGUCCCAAGGUUUACAUUAAUUGUGCUGGAUUCAUUAAAAUUGAUACUGAUAGCUUAAGAUAUAAUUCGGAGUCACAUAUUCAGGUACUGGAUAGUACAAGAAUUCAUCCUGAAACUUACAAGCUAGCAACUAAGAUGGCGUUCGAUGCUCUGGAGUAUGACGAAGACAACGAUGACACAGAUAUGGCUCUGGAAGAUAUUAUGAAAGUACCGAAAAAGCUUUUGGAAUUGGAUUUAGACGCCUUUGCAAAGGAAUUGGAGUUACGAGGAUUUGGCAAGAAGCUUAUCACACUCAACGAUGUGCUAACAGAAAUAAAUUCUGGCUACAAAGACCCUAGGACACCGUACACAUCUCCGAAUGCUGAGCAGCUGUUUGAUAUGCUGACAAAAGAGACGCCUGAGACACUUUAUGUUGGUAAAUUAGUUUCAGCUACAGUCAUUGGUAUUGGCUACAAAAAACCAGCGGCUGAUCAGCCUGAAAAUCAAUUGGAUCCUGUUCAAAGUGAAAAAACUGGAUUCUGGAUAUGUCCAUACUGCUCACGAGCUGACUUUUUGGAAUCUUAUGAAGUCUUGGAGCACUUUAAUACUGAAGAUUGUCUUAAAACAGUUUCAAAAAUAAAAAUACGAUUAGAAAACAAUUUAAAUGGAUAUAUUUUAGUUCAAAAUUUAUCCGAUAAAUACAUUGACGACCCGGAAAAAAUAAUUGUCGUUGGAAGUUCACUCCAGUGCCGCGUGAUAGCUAUUCAUGCUGAAAAAUUUCUUGUCGAAUGUUCACACAAAAGAAGCGAUGUACUUGAUUUAAAUAAUGAAUUACGCCCGACAAAAGAUCCCUUCUAUGAUACCGAAGCUGAGUUGGAAGAUAAAAAGAUAGAAGAGGACAGAAAAAAAGCUAAGCAACAGGUUUCUAUUAAGCGUGUUAAUUAUCAUCCGUCUUUUCGCAAUGUCAGUUUUGCCAAGGCUGAAAAAUUAAUGAAGGAUAUGGCCCAAGGAGAAGUUAUCAUAAGACCUGGAAGUCGAGGUCUUGGAUAUCUGUCAGCCACUUGGAAAGUUGCUGAGGAAAUUUAUCAACACGUUGCUAUUAAAGAAGCCAAUGGCUUUAGUAUUUUUUCACUUGGCAAAAGCUUGUGGAUUGAAGACGAAGAGUUUGAAGAUCUAGAUGAAAUAAUAGCGAAAUACAUCAACCCGAUGGCUACCUAUGCGUCCAAAUUGCUCAAUUUUAAGUACUACCAGGACGGUAUCGAUGGUUUGAAAACCAAGGCUGAAGAUUUUUUGAAAAAACAAAAAGAAAAAUCUCCUAAAAAAAUUCCUUACAUCAUAUCGGCUUCCAAAAACCAACCUGGUAAAUUUCUGCUCUCGUGCCUGAUUAACAUUCAGUGUCAUCAUGAACACAUUACUGUUACCCCAGAUGGCUUUAGUUUUAAAGGGGAAAUUUUUCAGCGUGUCACCGUUCUUAUACAGAGGUUUAAAGAUCAAUUUAAAAACCACCCGGUUAAAAAUAAGGAUAAGAAAAUCACUUUUAUUAUAAGUGCCGAUGAUUUCGGCAGUGUGAUUGAUCAUCAAUCGCAUCCAAAACUUACCGUUCCUACAUCCAAUAGUUAA